UUGAAUGCGCCACCACUUUCCUUCAGGUCGGAAGCAGAUUGUUGCUCUCACAGGAAGAAGGAUCGUUUGGAAAGUUGUGUUUUUAUUGUUCCAUCUGUUGAAUGUCGGCAUGUGCUAGCAGUUGCCUUCGGUCCUGAGAAAUAUCCACCCUUUUCAGGCUGUUUAAGAGAAACUACACAGCCACCCGGUAGUGUGGGUAACAGCAGAGCAGGGAGAUGGCCAUCGCACAUGUGGCUACGGAGUAUGUGUUUAGCGAUUUCCUUCUGAAGGAGCAGAACCAGGCUCGAUAUCGCAGCGUCCGAACUGAGCUGGCUCUGGACAAGAUGGUGACGUGUGUGGCAGUGGGCCUGCCCCUCCUACUCAUCUCCCUGGCAUUUGCUCAAGAAGUUUCAGUUGGUACUCAAAUCAGCUGUUUCGCUCCCACAAACUUCUCCUGGAGACAGGCUGCAUAUGUGGAUUCCUUCUGCUGGGCGUCUGUACAUACACACACUCUACCUCUCUGGCUUCAUAAGUUCUUUCCCUACAUCCUGCUGUUGGUGGCAGUGUUGAUGUACACCCCAGCAUUGUUCUGGAGAUUUUCCGCAGCGCCGCUCCUGCUGACGGACCUUGGCUUUAUCAUGGAGGAGUUGGACCGGUGCUACAACCGUGCUGUAACUCUGGCCAAGCGCAUGGCCACGUCGGGACGGCUCACACCAGACAGCGAUCCCACUGAGGGCUGUUUCAACUACCCACUGGUGGAGAAGUUCCUGACAACCAAGCGUUGCUCUCGUACGAUGCUGCUUUAUUAUCUGUCUUGUCGCGGCUUGACUUUUGUUACCCUGGUGUGUGCGUGUAUUUACCUGGGUUACUACCUCCGCCUGGCCUCCGUCACCGACGAGUUUGGAUGCACACUCCGUGUCGGCCUGCUCACCUCAGACCCCAGCGUCCCUGAGAAGGUGCAAUGUAAGCUCAUCGCUGUGGGAGUCUUCUCAUUGCUCAGCCUUGUCAACUUGAUCGUGUUCAUUGCACUGAUUCCCGUGGUGAUCUACACGAGUUUCCGCCCAUUCCUCUGCCACAGACAAGCCCAUUUCCUGGAAACCUACCAGUCACUCCCCACGGUGAGCGUCCUGCCCACCCCUGGUGGCCAAUUUGAUGAUCUUGCAUUGUAUCUGCUCUUCCUGGAGGAAAACAUCAGUGAACUAAAGUCCUACAAAUAUAUCAAGGUGUUGGAGCUGUUGAGGAAACGAGGUGAAUGCUCUGAAGAAGACUUUGAUGCUAUGGGUCUGCUGCAGACUCUGUGUCUGGUGAAGAUGGAUGCUGUGGAUGGAAAUAAACCUACUGAAGCUGCGGGGAAACAGGAUCAACUAAAAAGUAAAGCAGCAGAGUCUGUGAACAGCCCCACGGCCGCCAACAACAGAGAGGCCAAGAACAACAGCAGCCGCCCAGAUUUAACCAGAGAGAAUGAUUGCAAAACUGGAACUGAGAUGAAAGAACUCACUCCUCUGCUGCUACAAAACAGUGAUGCAACAGGCAGCAGAAUGUGAUUGGCUGCUCAUGGCAAAUAACUUUGCUCACUGUCCCAUGGUACACUGAAAUCUCAUGACCUUCCUGGCCUAAUGGAGAAAUAUAAAAUGUGAUGGGAUAACACGGCUGCAUUGUGGGCAGAAUCAAAAUUCCACCAUAUGUCCUCAUGACUGUGGAUGGGGAUGUUGGGGCAAUUUAAGAAGUAGAAUAUAAAGGAGGAGGAAGUGAGUAUUGGGAAUAAUCAGGUGAUUUAAAGUCAUGUUGGUUGGUAGAAAAUUUUAAGUUUCCUGACUGAGCUUUUAUAUCCAGUACGUAAACAUUUAAUAAUGGGUUGAAAAAACACUAUAAGGACAACUUGUGUGAGAACUUAUUUUUAUAUUAUUACAACAUGUCUUUUUGUAGUGGCUUUGUUUUUUAAGAACUAUUUAUCAAAUGUUCACUUCCUGCCUCUAAAUGCUAAAUUUAAUUAUUUAUAGUCAAGUUUUGAACCUUGAAGUAUGAGUCCACAUGUAUUUCUGCAUUCAGUGGGUUAAACAUUAAAGUACCAAAUACUGACUGACUGUUGUGCUGGAUGUCAGUCAAUAUUUGUAUGUUUAUGUCAGACAUGAAUGUUUUUGAUGUUGCACAAUCCUUGUGCUUAAUUGUAGUGGAGAGUGACUAUUUUCUCGGUACAAUGAGUUUGUAAUAGAAAGGGUAUAGUUGGGGCAAAAUCACACAUUUUAAAACGGUACAUUUGUGAUAACUUCACCACGCAUUCAUUUGUCCCAUCUCUAAUUUACAAAGGAUUAUAAAACUCCAUGGGACAGAGUCAACUUUAAAUUUAAGUUCAUUGUGAAACACAUCACAGUCCACUGGUCUCCAUGAAAUGAAGAUGAGAUGCACUUUAGUUUCAUAGAGACUGAAACUGUCCAUCUCUGACAAGAAUCAUUACUUUCAUUAUUGAUACAUCUGUAGACUGUUUUCCUGUUUGAUUUGUUUUCCCCAAAAAUCUCAAAAUGACAAAAUCCUCAAAUGUACUGUUGUUCACAAACCAAAGAUUUGCUGUCGUAGGAGAAAACCAACCACAAAAUACUAAAAAAGAAAAGUAUUUAAAGAAUAAAAACUGUCAUAAAAAUAAUUUAGUUGUUGAUUACAAUUUGAUCAUUUAUUCCUACUGGAGCCUCUUGGCCCGGUCAUGCUUGUAAAGGAGAACUGGUUCUCAAACAUUUUGUCUGGUAAAAUAAAAGUAAAAGAUUUUUUGUUGCAGCUCCAAUUCAUUAUAGGUCUUCCAGUGUUUCAGUGUUUGGAAUCACUGUUUGGAUUGUUUACAUUAUAAAAAAAAAAAAAAAAACAAAAGGCACCAGUUUGUCAUUCUCAUAAACCAUAUAUUAUAUUGUGAACUGAAUAGUUCAUGUGCAUUUCUGCUUUUUUGUGUUUUUUUUCUUCUAAAUAUCAAGCUGCUAUUAACAGUGGUAGAAAUACAGGACUUUCAUUUCAUUGACAUCUCAUUUUCUACAAGACGGUACACAUUGCUCAGUGUUCAUUAACAUGUAUAAUUUCUUUCUAUAAAUAUGACUUGAGAUGUUUGAUGUUCUCAUUUUUAUGGAGCAGGAUGAAUUGUAAACGUCAAACGUUUUUUUUUCCUCAACUUGGACUGAAAUGCUAAAUAAUGAAUCUCAGGGGCACAUCUCUCCACAAAAUCACUGGUGACUGUUGAUGUCUUGUACUUUCACUGGUGUCUUCUGCUGUCUGCAUGUAAGUGCAGCAUUUUGACAUUGUAAUUAAAUGAUUGUGAUGUUGUUUUAUUAGUCUGUGUUUUAAAGAGCUGUGUCCGCACAAUGGCAACAUGUUUCAUUUAGAGAUUUGAUGCAAUUUCUUUUUAUGCCCAGUUGUGUGAUAGUUAUUUUGUUGUGACCUAUGAAAAUCUAAUUUUCUGCAAGUUACAAAUAAAUGUAAUGAAAUAUA